GCCACUGGAGAGUACACUUCCCCGCACAGUGGGCUCCACAGCCAGCAAAACAAACCUGGGAAACUAUACGGCGGACCGUUUCUUUACGGGGCUCCGAGGAGGAAAAGUGUGGAAAUAAAGCGUCGCUCGCGUCAAGGUUUUCUUUUUUUUAAGCUAACCCCACGCUUUUUUCUGCUAUAAGAAGACUUGGGAAAAGCGGCAACAAAACGCAGCUGUGAUGGACAUAAUGAUUGCGGUGCAGGAUGCUUGUGUCUCCGGUCAGUGGCUUACUGCGAUAAUUCUCAGCCUGUGCUGCUUUCUGCCGUCCUGUUUGCCCGCUGGACAAACUGUGGACUAUUCCUCGGUCGAAAGUGUGGUCAGCAGACAAGGCGACACGGCUCUACUGAGGUGCUACCUGUUGGAUGGGGUCUCUAAAGGAGCCUGGCUGAACCGCUCAAGCAUCAUAUUCGCAGGGAACGACAAGUGGUCUGUGGACCCACGCGUGUCCAUCGUGUCCAGCGUUGGAGACAAACAUGAGUACAGCCUUCAGAUACAGAAAGUGGAUGUAACUGAUGACGGCCAGUACACAUGCUCCAUUCAGAGUGAGCGCAACCCACGGCCAAAGCUCCUCAACUUAAUUGUAAAAGUUCCACCCAAGAUAUAUGACAUUUCCUCUGACAUCACGGUAAACGAGGGCAGCAACGUGUCGCUCAUCUGUACAGCCAGUGGGAAACCCGAGCCGACCAUUUCCUGGAGACACAUAACCCCAUUAGCCAGGAAGUAUGACAGCGGCGAAUAUCUUAACAUCACCGGCAUCACAAGGGACCAGGCUGGAGACUACGAAUGCAGUGCUUUAAAUGACAUCGCCUCUCCUGACACCAAAGCUGUAAAAGUCACAGUCAACUUUGCCCCAGCUAUCCAUGAGAUGAAAAGCCAUGGAGUUGGUUUGGGACGCACAGCUCUGCUAAGGUGUGAGGCAGCUGCUGUUCCUUCUCCGACAUUCGAGUGGUACAAGGGCGAGAAAAGGAUUAUCAAGGGUCAAGGCAUCGACAUCAAGAGCCUCAGCUCCAGAUCGGUCCUCACAGUGACCAACAUGACAGAGGAUCGUUACGGGAACUACACAUGUGUCGCCUCCAACAAGCUAGGGACAGCCAAUGCCAGUGUGCCUCUCAUUCCAAUUAUUGAACCCACCACCACUAGUGCUGUCUCAAGCCCAGCGCCCAACACUGCACCCUAUGGGAGCACAGGAAGCGCGUACGUCCCGCUGGCCUGCCGAUACCUGGUCCUGGCUCUCUCCUCCUUCAUCAGCGUGUACUAGCAGAGGCCAGCCCAGACACAAUGACUGUCGAGAGCAUUUAUGAAUCCUUUUUGACAUUGCUGAUGGCUGGAAUCCAAUCUGGUACAGUUUGUUGAAAAGCCGUAAGGGGAAUAUAAUCCGCGUUACUUUGUGUGGGGAUCUUUUUCUUUUUCUUUGCUUUUUGGUGAAACUUCCUGUCAUGUAAAUACUAUGAUGUUUUUUUAUUAUUAUUAUUAUUUCCUCUCUUCUUUUCUGAUUGAUCGACCACAUUGUGAAUCAGUGCUCAGCCCCAGCCCCAGCCCCACUCCACUCCACCUCCACCUCAUGUCACAACCCCCCCAAAGUUCCCAAAUGAGCUACCUUCAUGCGUCUUUCUCUGGGAGGCGAUGGUGCAAAAUUUUCAUCCGUUUUUGUACAUGGCUAAAAAGACGCAAUUGUGCCAAUCUCUCAGUACACAGAAUUAAGAUACCAAUGUUUUAUUGAAUGUAUUAUGGGUUGUUGAACAAAGGAAAGACAUUUAGAUUCCUCACAAUACAAAUUCAGAUUAUGGAGUGUGCUUAAAAAAUAGUGAAAAAAAAAUGGAAAAAAAAACAAAAGAAGAAAAAAGGCAGGGCUUUUUCAGGACCUGUAUUGUCAUGAUUACUCAAUAGAUGGAUGAACAGUGUUGAAGGUGUGCUUUGUUGUAUUCUGAAAUGGGUCCUUCAGUUACUAUGCCUGCCUAACAGAUCUGAUCAGGCAGCCGUCAAAGUAGCAAAGUAUACUGUAUUGUAUCUUUAUAUUUUAAUAUAGUGUAGGCUUUUGUUUUAAAGUGGGACCAGCUUUUAUCAUUCGACCAAGAACAUUAACACAGUUCAUGACUUUGUACAGUAUGAAGGGAGGAACAUUGCUGCCCUAUGUUUACAUUUUUCUUGAAAAUAUAAAUGCGACAGUAUAUACGCCAUACUUUUUUCUUUUUCUUUUUGUUUUUUUUUUUCAGUGAGACCACAUACGUGAAUGUUCAUACAAACUGUUGCAUUUGGGAAGAAAAAGCAGAGUUUAACUGUCUUAAGCUUUUCUCUUAAAGAUGCAGUUCUUUGAAGGAUGCCGCUUCCAGUGGGCGUCUGAGUGGAGGGUUUUGUCUCUGAAUUUGCUGUGCACCUACUGAUCAUCGACUGGUUGAAAACCCACAGCUGCACAGUGUAGGUCGCUUGAAGUUUUUGGCUUCAGCCUUCGGCGUGAUACUUAAAUAAUGGAUUCUGGGAAAGCAGCAUUCUGCAGCACGGUAUUUUAUUCCUCUUUUUUCUUUACAGAUAAUUCAAUACUUAAAUAUAUGACAGUCUCUCUUACACUGAAUAUACUGUAUCUACUUCAUUGUACCAGUUAAUGAAUAAAGGAAACCCAGCAAGCCAGAGGCAGUGUAACUUCAGAUAUCUGGCAAAUAGAACAAAAAAGUACAAUACUGAAACCUGCCCUUAAUUAUGAGCAACAGAACACGAAAUGAAGCUUAUAAGCAUGCUCAUCACUACAAACAUAGCCUAAAGUGCUAACAGCUCCUCCACGAUGAGUGUCCAUUUUAUUUAAAAAAAACCCGAACAGUGUCCACAGGGCCGGCGAACGUCCAGCAGAGCUGCGAAUAAAUUAAACCAUGAGGUCGUUUAAUUGGAGGCAAUGUGGCUUUUUGUUCUCUGAAAUCAAUCAUAUCAAGGCUCAAAAACAAUGUUAUCGUAAGGGUUUACUUUUUGGACAAGACUGUCAUGGCAUAUCCAUCCUCAAGUAUCUUCAAUCCAUGGUGUAAACAGAGACACUGUACUGUAAUGCCUUAAUAGUACCAUAGACAUUAAAUGAACCUCCUUUAAAAGGACACUUCCAGAAGCUCUCGAUGAGACACAUCUCAUUUGUUUGACAUAUUACUGCUUAUUGAACGUUCAUAAACCUAUAGCUCACUUUCUAAUUAGGCAUUAUAUUCAGUGAAAACAAACGAUUCUCAACUUACGGCUCUCACAGGUAUUUUCAAGGAAGCCAGAUGCAUCUGAUAAAAAUGCAGUAUUUGUCGUGCAGGUUAACAUGUUUGCGGGCCUUGUUUUGGAUUUGGAUUGUGUUAUAUUUUGCCCGCGAUCGAGGGGCUAACAGUACCCGAGUUCACACAGUAUUUUCACACGAACUUGUAACUGCAAACCUAUAGAGAAAUAGCCAUCGCAGUUAAAAGACUUAAAGCACAAACACUGUUAUUACUUUUACGUUUUGUGAUUUGUUUUAAGGUCUGCUAAACAUUUUGUUUCUUUUAUUGUUUGUACUGAAGUUGUUACCAGCUUGUUUUACAAAUUAUGAAAAUACUGCACCAUAUGAUCUUGUUUAAAUGUUAAGGUAUAAUGAAAAUGCGUCAGAAGUAUAUUUAUUCUCUUCCUUUAUGAAAACAAUGUAUAAAAAAUAGAUUUGAAACAUGUAAAACUGGAUAUGUGACAUUUAUUUGAAUGAGGCACAGUAUGGCAUAGUUUAUAAUGUUGUCGGGUUCAUUUAGAUGCCAUAACUGUUGUUGAUUUUUUGUCAGACAAGUACAUUAAAAAUAACAAUGUUUGCAAUCAAAUUACCUACUUUUUGAAAGCGAGAGGGUGUGAACCAAUAUAACAGUAUUAUAGAACAGAAUCAAUGUGUGUAUAUUUGGAGAAAAUAGGAAACCUUUUGAUCUUUAGAGCCAGUGUGUAGUCAUAGUUUUCACACACUUGCGUGUUUGACGAUGUGCAGAGAGUAUGGUUGUGCUGCAUGUCAAAGUUAACCUGUGUUUUUGAGGUGGCCAUUUUACAGAUAUUCAUACUUUCUAUGAAUGGAAGCAGUUUUUUUCCAAACCUUUGGUUCUUGAAUCUGGUCUAAAAAUACAUACCUCCUACAGACCACCAGGCUAUGUUUGUUUUUGAUUUCUUUUAAUCAACUUUGCUGAUAAACUAAAACAACUGCUAUUCAGAGUCAUGAUGAUUAUUGUGGCACAUUGGUGACAGUCUGGAGUUAUGUUGGUUGCUUGUCUAGGCAGUUAAGACCAUGCUAGUAUUCCAUAUGAAAUGUACUGGAUGUUGAUUAUUUUGAAUAAUGGUAUUAACAAGUCCCUUUUAUCGAAUCACUAUUAUUUGCAAUAAAAGUCUUCAUGUUACAAUAUAAACCCAUAUCUGAGUUAAUGAGCGCUCAAAGGGGUUGUCAGUAUCACUGGGACAGGUUUUGAGCACCAUUACGACAAUGUUUUCCUUAAAAUGUUCCGUCGCUACUUUCUCUCUGCACCCAAUCAACCCAAAAUUUAACAAGGAUUACGUGUCUGAUUAGCCAGUCUUACGCUGGCGCACAUCCAGCACCAGCUAAAGCUAGCAGAUAGUGAAUAAUCAAUCUCAGAACCCAUCGGCUAUCAUCUGAUUUAGCCUCUGGGAACAAUUUAAGGGCUUCUGGCCAGCAGAAGUCCAGGUAAUGGUCAAGACUUCCUCUCCCAUUCGCUGAUCAUUGUUUACAGAACAACUUGACUUCAGAUCAUGUUCAUUGAAAACAGCCAAUAAAAAGCUGAUGC